AAACUGCAGAGGAGUCAAAGACUGUCCUGAGCUUUAAGGAGACAAGACAAACUUCAAACAAAAAACUUAGUUCUCAAAGGAGGUCUGUGGUCUGUACUGGGACUACAGUUAUGGAGGAGGAAAAAUCAGAGCUUGGUCGGAGCAAUUUAGGUCCUGAUGAUCAAACUAAAGCUUCGUGUGAUCCCAUUAAUGAGGAGGACUUUGUGGUGCUUGAGGAGGAUGGGACUUGGAUGUCAUCUGAUGUGGAAAACAACAUAACAUUUGGAAAAACUGAUAAUUUUCAAUCAUCUACUAAAAGAAGAGUUGAGGAAGACACCUCUGCAUGCUACAGCGAUGAUACCCUUUCACAACCUUGCAGGAAUGCCCCUCAAGACAAAGGUAUGGAGAAGACGAGCAGAAGAAAAUCUGACACACUUUCAGUCACGACUGACGGUGUGGAGGCACAUGCAAAGAGUUUACCCACAGCCUGUUUUGAGAGGGAAAUAGAUCAACAUUUGGCUGACAUGACAGGCAGCAGGUGUAGGCUAAAAGGAGUUAGUCAUGUUGGAGCUGUUCACACAGAGACAACUGUAAGAGGACAAGCAGCGAGGGAGCAAAACGUCAAUGAACACAGCAAGGGGAAAGUUUCUACUAAUAUUAAUAAAGAUCACCUGUCAAAACGCAACAACAGCGGCUCUGUGAAAGGAUUAAGGAAGGGCACUGAAGGAAUCAUUGAUGAAGCAGAACAGUUGAUUUCACAGGACGCGGCAGCUGAGGAAAAAGUAGCUCCUUCUUUUAGAGAAUCAGAAAAUCAAGAUAAGGAAACCCACAAUUCAGAAAGAAGACAAGCCGGCCUGUCCCUCAAGAGCAGGUUUGCUGGUGCUGUCUCUAAGAGGGCUAAAGCAGGUACUCUUAGCAAGAAAGAGGACCGCCAAGUGUUCUCCAGAGCAACCGACUCUCAAAACCUAAAGACUGCAAGCUCUGAAAUACUGCCACUGCAAGACGCCUCGUUUUCAUUGGAACAAUGCGAUUUGAUCCCUUUUCCUCCUCUGCUAGAGAAUGAAGGCAUUGAUGGAAAGAUACAAAUCGCGAGCUUAAAGAGGGAAAGCAAUCUUGUUUGUUUCUCUGCGGUCAUCACCCCUCCACCUGUAACUCAUCAGUUGCCCAUGAGAGAAGCAUCAAUGGCAACGCAACGCAGAACAAACACGGUAAACUCACAAAUGGCACCAGACGCCAUGCCCACCUCAUGCGAUUUGAAAGACGAGUCUGCGCCAAAAGAAAAGCCCAAAGUUAAAGGUCCACCUCCACCUGUGGCCAAAAAACCUAAAAACCCAUUUAUAAAGAUGAAAACUGCUCAAUUAAUGUCUACUGAUGUGCAAAAAAGAGGCAAAGAUCAUCUGCGCUCUGAGGAGAGGGUCAAGAGGAGACACACUUUCCACUUUAACAAAGAUCUUCCGUUCAACCCUCCAACUAAUCAGGACAUGUGUGUGCUGUUGGAUGAAAGAGGCACUUACGCAAUGCCAACCAACAAACGCCCGCUGUCGGUUGACCUCAGCCCUUGGGAACAUCUCUCGCUUGGACACAUGGAUGAUCGCUACGGUGAUAUGAUUGACUUUGACUACUGUGUACGUAUGGCACAUCUAUCUCCAGAGGAAGACGUGCAAAACCUGGAUAUGUUACAGAGGAGAGUAUUCCUGGAGAGACGUUCCAGAUUUAAAAGCUCACCACCUCCUCCUCCUCCUCCUGUUGCAAAAAAGCCCCCCAAAAUUUUCACGUCCACAGAGACUCUAUGCACACCUGAGGUCUCACCAGACAAUGAAAUCCAAAGACCAAAACCUGCUUGUUCAGGGAAAAGAGAAAUCUACUCUGAGCAACCAUCUGAAAGAGUCGGCAAUGACAACCGUGGUAACCGUAAAGACAUAAUUCAUUACAGUGGUGACAGAGAUGCAGGAAGUGGCAGUGAGGCGGGUUCAUACAAACCCGUGGCGGAAAUUAUCAAAGAAACUAAUCAAAUGCAGAGACAUCAAACCCGAGUCAAACCUGACAUGGUCAAAGCUCCGGUUCGGGUGGCAGAGCAGAGUCCAAGUGUGAAAGUAUCUCAAAUUAAGAAUGCAUUUGAUGUCCCAAAGAAAUCAAAAGAGAGACCACAGGAAGUUCAACCACCUCCAAAGAAAGAUAUGUUGCGGCGAGUGGUGCGACAGAGUAAGUUCCGUCAUGUGUUCGGCCAGGCCGUGAGGAACGACCAGUGCUACGAUGACAUCCGCGUGUCCAGGGUCACAUGGGACAGCUCCUUCUGUGCCGUCAACCCCAAAUUUGUUGCCAUCAUCAUAGACGCCAGCGGGGGAGGAGCCUUUCUCGUCCUUCCCCUACAAAAGACUGGACGUAUAGACAAGGUCUACCCUACAGUAUGUGGUCACACGGGCCCGGUGCUGGACAUCGACUGGUGUCCUCAUAAUGACCUCGUCAUCGCUAGUGGCUCGGAGGACUGCACGGUUAUGGUUUGGCAGAUCCCUGAGAACGGGUUGGAGACCCCCCUUUCAGAGCCCGUGGUCGUGUUAGAGGGUCACUCUAAGAGGGUCGGCAUCGUGUCCUGGCAUCCCACCGCUCGCAACGUUCUCCUCAGUGCAGGGUGUGACAACCAGAUCGUCAUUUGGAACGUGGGCACGGGAGAGGCCAUGAUCAACCUGGAGGACAUGCACCCUGAUGUUAUCUUUAGUGUCAGCUGGAGCCGCAACGGCAGCCUACUCUGCACCGCCUGCAAAGACAAGAAAGUCCGCGUCAUCGACCCCCGUAAAAAGAAGGUCGUUGCGGAGAAGGACAAAGCUCACGAGGGAGCUCGACCAAUGAGAGCCAUCUUUUUAGCAGAUGGAAACAUUUUCACUACUGGAUUCAGCCGCAUGAGCGAGCGCCAGCUAGCCCUGUGGAAAACUGAAAACAUGGAUGAGCCGAUAUGUGUUCAAGAGAUGGACUCCAGUAAUGGAGUUCUGCUGCCCUUCUAUGACCCCGACACCAGCGUAGUGUAUCUGUGUGGAAAGGGUGACAGCAGCAUUCGGUACUUUGAGAUCACCGACGAGGCGCCGUUUGUUCACUACCUCAACACUUUUUCCACCAAGGAGCCCCAGAGAGGCAUGGGAUACAUGCCCAAAAGAGGACUGGAUGUCAACAAAUGUGAAAUCGCAAGGUUUUACAAAUUACAUGAGAGAAAAUGUGAACCAAUCAUCAUGACAGUGCCACGUAAGUCGGAUCUGUUCCAGGACGACCUGUAUCCCGACACGGCCGGCCCUGAUCCCGCCCUGGAGGCAGAGGAGUGGUUCGCCGGGAAAAACGGAGGCCCCAUCCUGAUCUCGCUCAAAGACGGCUACGUCUCCACGAAGAACCGAGAUCUGAAAGUGGUGAAGUCGAACGUCCUGGAGACCAAGCCAGCCACGAAGGCAGAAACCAUCUCGACUGUCCAGAAACACGCUUCUCCACAGCCUUCGGUCGUGAGUGUGAAUAAAAUGGAAGAUAAACUGGAAGAGGUACUCCGAGAGUUCAAGUCACUCAGGGACCGUGUCAUCCUCCAAGACCGCCGAAUCGCCAGACUGGAAGAGCAGGUCGCCAAGGUGGCCAUGUAAAGAUGACGGGGGCCCCCCCUUCGUUGUUUUGGAGGGAACCGAAAAAAAAGAUUCGGCUUCAUUGAGCUUGGCGUCGUCCCUGCGAUGAAACCAGGCCUACAUUCCAAGAUGAACUUUAUUUUUUUUUUCCUCAUCACCUCGCCCUGACACACAGAGAAAAGGAAAAACUCUCGCAGCUCAUGUACACAUUUGAAGAAAAGACUUUUUUUUUUUUGUUGAAGGAAAAGUCUUAACUUUUUGUUUGUUUUAAAAUUUGUGGUAAAACAUUCUCAUGUGAAGUUUGUACCUACUACUCAAAAAAAAAACAACUGUAUGUAGCAUCAGUAUUUCCAUUGUUAUAUUUUUGUGUUGCCAAAUAUGAAUCGUGUGCGGUUUCAUGCACUGUUUUUAUUUUCUCUCCUGUUGUACAUUCCAGUCACAACCUGCUAGAUCGGUUUAGUCAAGCUGGAUUUCUUUCUUCUUUUUUUUUUAAACGAUAGCUGUUGAACUUUCCUUCCUCCGAACCAGUUUGCUCAUCGAUAACCAUCAGAUUCAUGAAUGUGGAAGAAUCCCCGAGUUCUUCCUUUUGUUCCUGUUCUUCUGGGCUUGAAAUUUAAACAUUGGGUUUUAUUGGGGACGGAGGGAGGGGAGGGGAGGGUUGCAUCUCUCUGGUGUAAAUGUUGUGCAAAUGUAGUGGUGCCUCUCAUCACUGCAUAUUUGGUGUUGGGAAGGGACCACUCACCCAGCUUGUGUUUCACUGAACCCCCCCUGACAAACAGUUCUGUGCACAUAAUAAAGGUUUUACACAUGAGAAAA